AUGUCGACACCGCCCCCCAUCAAACCUGACAACCAUAUGAACAAUUUUGAAGUUGUAAGUAGCGAUGAAGCAGAAUCGGAACUUCCAGGCGAUUAUGAGACGGGAAAUGAACUACAAGAUGCAGGAGUGUCGCGUAUAUCUAUUGCUACAGGUUCGACAACUUCUAGUGAUUCCGGGAUUCGGCAUUCUAUCACACUAUAUAUGCUGCGCAAAGUUGAUCCUAAUCACAAGUGGCAAAUUCAGGCUGUGUUUAGUAAAAAAAGAAAAUUUGAUUUCAAUCGUAGUGAAGCUUUGAGUUUCCACCAGGCUAGUACAAACAAAAAUGAAGAAGUCCCAAUGCUCUACCGACUUAAACUGUUCUUCAUCUACAAUGAUAAGCGACAAGUUUGUGUCUAUGACGACGGAAAAUAUUAUAUAACUAGUUCAUUUAAAAUUCGCAUAUCUGAACCAGGAAUAGCCCACACGUCUCAUUACUAUGCCGAUUCACUCCAUGCUCUCAUGAUUAAUCCAUCGGUGUCGAAUCAAUUUUUAUUUGGCAUUCAUUUCAAAAAAGGUGGUAUUACUUCGCUAAAGGCCGCCGCUCCAGGCAGUAGCAUAUCAUUGUGGGAUAGUUUACCUAUUUUUACAUAUUAUCUUCUUCGUACACAAUCUUACGAUAAAUGUGAUGCACUCUUUGAUCAAUUUAAAAUCAUCGAAGAAAGUAUUAGAAUAAUCAUAUCACCUGACGGUUUGGAGAGAUUUUUAUCUAUGUGUCUUAAGUAUUUAUCAACAAUUGAAAAUGUUCUCAACCAAGAUCUUAAUGCACUAAAAGUUCUUAUUCAGAUGAUAGCUCUUAUACCGAUAAGCAAACAAAAUGUCUUCUUGGACAAACAAGCUUCAGAAUUUGUGCCAGUCAUUCUCAAGAUUAUCUCCGACAGGAUCAAUACUCUCAUGGUAAUAAUCAAUAAAAAUGAUUGGAUAUCUUUUUAUAAAGGUUUAACACUACUAAUUUGCAUUAAAAUACUUCAUGAAAAAGAUAAAAAUGACACAGACAAUACUAUUGAUUUAUUGUCAAGAAUAUCUGAAAAAGGACAACGAGAAGAUGCAGCAUUGCAAUUAUUUAAACUAUUCAAGCUUAUAGAACGUAGAUUACCAGGAAACAAAAUGAUGGAGUUGUAUAAAUUGGUGAAUCCGAAGGAUCUCUCCUUGGAAUAUCUCGAACCAACUGUUUCAUGGGAAACGUACAUUUAUGGUCUCACUCAUAUUGUUGAAAAUUGUGAAUAUUGUAUGAAUGAUUUGGAAGACCAUAUAAAAGAUCAACUUCGUAGAUUCCUUAAUGCGAAUUAUUUUCCAAUGCUAUUACCUGAUGUUGCGUGGAUUUUAACCUAUUUGAAACAACAAACAAAUAGCAACUCAACCCAAAUAAUUCAGCGUAUUUUUCAAAAAAGUGAUUCUUUGCAAAUCAGCAUUGAGAAGUAUUUAGAUAGUAGAAGCUAUAGUAUUACCUCGCAUGAGUUUCCUCUCGUUCGUGAUAUUCUCAUUCGUUCAUAUAAUUCAGAAUUAAUGCACAAUAUAAAUCGUCCAGAAUAUCUUUUACGUAUGCUCACCUAUCGAAAAGAGCAUAAAACCGAUCAUUUUAUCGAAUGGUUCAAAUGCUUUCUCUGUGAAACAGACGAAAACUGGAUUAGGUAUCAAAAUUUAGUUUACCAUUGGACCAACUGUUUCGUAAAAGAUCAAAUAGCUCUGUUCGAAAUAAUGAAAGAAGUCGAUUCGCUUAUCGAUCUUUGGAUCAAAGUUGCACCAAACAAUAAUCAACGCUCGGACUUUUUUGUGGCACAUAUGGUUACACAAUGUUUCAGCCAAGAGAACAUGAACAAUCUACUGAAGAACGCUUUACAUACAGUAAACAAUGAAAAAUUUCUCGAAGCUUUCAAGAAACAAUAUGAAAAAGAAAAACUUGCCAAUGUCAAGGGACAGCUUAGGAAUUUAAAAGAUCCCACAAAUCCUUUAUUUCAAUUAAUAAAUAUUGCUGAAGAGCAACAAAGACAAAAUAAAAUAGUGGAAGAUCUAAUCAUUCUUGCUGCAUCUAUGAUCGAAGUCGAAGACAAUGAACUUCUCAAUGAUACUUUCAAUAAUCCAUCUCGAGGUACAUUUGUCUAUCUUAUUCUAUUCGAUAAAUCAUUAAGUUCACUCUCAAUACAUAAAACUAUUGUUAAUCGUUUGAGUCAACAGUGGACAAAAUGGGAACAAGGAACCCUGUUAGCCAGUGAUAUACGAACUUGGGAAAACUUUCGAAAAGAACAAAAAGCUAUCUUUCAUGAAAUAUGGCCGUUGGUGGCAAAAGAAACCGAAAAAACAGUUGAUAUUGAUUCAGUCUUCGAUGUCUCAUGUAAAGCUCUAAAAGCUAAAUUAGAAACAAAUGAUAAAAUAAUUACAUGUCUUGAUACUUACUGCCAAGAUGCAAUCGAUAAAAGUACAUAUGAUGAUCUUGUCAAAAAUUGGCAUGAACGCUUCGAAAUAGAAAGCAUUCAUUUAAUUGAUAUACCACCCGCUCUCUCCAAUAUUGUUGAAUUCGCCGAUGAACUCAAUCCUUAUGCAGCAUCUAUUGCUUGGAAAACUUAUCUCGAUCGACAAACAGCACCGAGUAGAAACAAUCGAUCACUAGAAAGAAAUCCUAUCGCGAGACAACUUAGUGAAGAAUUAGACAACGACACUACAUCUCGACAAGAGGAAGAAUUUUCAACAGGUAGGAUUGAUAUUUCUCGAAAAAAACCCUAUCACGUCUACAAGUAA